AUGCUCAUUAAAUGUGUCUUUAAUGAUAAGGUUUGUUCAACAUCCGAUUUUACUUCAUUUUCGUCAUCUUCAUAUGGUCUUUGUUAUACAUUCAAUGCCAAAUUGAAGAAUAUGACGGAUGUACGUAAAAGUAAUGAAUAUGGUGGAUCUGGUAAACUCGAAUUAAAUUUCUAUGUACAUAGCCAUCAGUAUGUACCUUAUAUUACAGAAGAUAUUGGCAUGAUAGGAAUGGUACAUGAUAAUACACAAUUUCCUAUGAUUAAAUUUGCUGGCCGAGCAUUAGUCACGGGUUUCAAACAUCGAAUGACAUAUGCAAAGAAGACUAUUUUCUAUUUGCGCGCACCUUAUUCGACAUGUAAUGAUGAGACACCACCAAUCAUGCAGGCUAUGUUUAAUAAUUAUCCUGAUGUUGAAUAUGUUUACUCGGAAGAUGUGUGCUAUGAUUUGUGCACAGAAGUUUACACAUAUUACAUGUGCGGUUGUAUCGAUCCAAAACAAUGGAAUGCUCGCUCAAUUCUUCUAUCACAAACUGAGACAAUCAUCGUAGCUCCAUUAUGUAAUAUAUCUGAUACAUGUUAUACUCAAGCAGCCACUGUUCUGAUGAAUUCAUCAAUUUUACUUGAAGAAUAUUGUUCCUAUUGUUCACAGCAAUGUUCAAUUACGGAUUUCAUUGUCAAAUCAUCAAUGUGGAAAGCACCAGCCGCUUGGUUAAUGGAUGAUAUAAAAAAUUUUGUUGAAAAUUCCGAAAUUCUAUUGCCAACAGAUUGGUCGGUUAAUUGGCAUUCACAUAUUCAGUCUGAUUAUCUCUCUAUUGAAUUAGUACAUGAAUCGAUUUUUGUCGAAAAUUAUACACAAACACCAGCGAUGGGACCAAUCACCGCGCUAUCAGAUGUUGGCGAUAUAAAAUAA